GCUCCUCUCGCACUUAUUCCCCGCAGUUUCCCAACUGAUACAGUAGGCUAGCCUACUACCCGCCUCCUUUGAUUGUGGUUAAACGCCGGUGUCAGCUCUCAGUGUAAUAGAAAAGCCAAAGCAGGGCUACGGGUCUGUUCAGCAUACAUAAAGGCGAGCGGCGAGAGGAGCUCAGCCCUGAAUUAAAUCACUCACCGCUAACCGGAUCUUUCAGACUCUCCCUUGACGCAGUCGAGCCGCUGCUUUGAGCGUCUUCACCCCGACAACAUAAAACUGGAUUCUUUUUUAAUUAUUAAUUAUUAUUAUUAUCAAAAAGAAAUAUCUCGUGUAUCUUUGAAAAUGUCUCGUGUUCGUGGUGACAUACAGUAAGCGACCAGCUUCGUAUCGAGAAGAGGCUCCUGCUCCGGAAUCGUCAAGUAGUUUAAGAAGCGAGAUCAAUGAACAUCUGCACUGCUGGAGGACACCAGGGAUGCUGUCUCACACUGAGGACUACAGCCUAGAUUACAGAGGUUAUUCCUCCGUGCACAUGAGGGAGAUGCAGAAAGGACAGUGGCAGAAACAAUAAGAUGAGAUCAUUUAAUGAUGGUAACCUUUAAGGAGAAAAGCACAAGCCAACCUGAGGUUGUGAAAUCUCUUUUAAGCAUCACCACAGGCUCGCUGCAGACAAACCUCAAUGACAGAAACUCAGUAUAAGGGCAGAUACUCAACAUUUUUCUGAUUGGUACAUGGGGACAAACCAGCCAUCAAUGAAGAGGAGACAAAUAAAAGGCUUUUUUCUGGCCCUGAGAACAGUUGAACAUCCAGCUGAUUUUCCAACAGGAUCGUCUUGGCUGUACUGAAAUCACAGCGGUAUCACCCUCCUCUCAUUUGUUUUGGAGCAGCACAUGACUCUAAGAGAAGCACCAAUGGCCUGCAGCUUAGGCAUGGUGACGAGUGCCUUGUUUUGGUCUGUAGCCAUUGUAUAUUUGACUCAUAUUGGCAAAGUCAGUGGAGACUGCUGGUUAAUUGAGGGUGAAAAGGGCUUUGUGUGGCUUGCAAUUUGCAGCCAAAACCAACCACCUUAUGAGGCCAUCCCACAGCAUAUCAACAGCACCAUUGUGGACCUUCGUCUGAAUGAAAACAAAAUCAAAAGUAUCCAAUAUUCUGCCCUUAGUCGCUUUGCCAACUUGACCUACCUGAACCUGACAAAGAAUGAAAUCUCCUACAUAGAGGAUGGCGCCUUUUCUGCUCAGUUUAACUUACAAGUCCUUCAAAUGGGCUUCAACAAGUUGCGGAACCUGACAGAGGGGAUCCUCCGGGGUUUAGGAAAGCUGCAGUACCUCUACCUCCAGGCAAACCUGAUUGAGACUGUGACACCCAAUGCCUUUUGGGAAUGCCCCAACAUUGAGAACAUUGACCUCUCCAUGAACCGAAUACAGCAGUUAGACGGGUCCACGUUUACCAGUUUGACUAAACUGACCACCUGCGAGCUGUACACCAACCCUUUCAACUGCUCGUGUGAAUUACUUGGUUUUGUCAAAUGGCUCUCAGUUUUCCCUAACAGGACGAAUGAGCGGAUGGUCUGCGACUCCCCACCUGGCGUCUCUGGUUAUAGUUUACUGAGCCAGAAUCCUAACAAUCCAACAUAUCGAAAUGCGCUUCACAUGCUCACAACUGUAUGCACUGAUGACUAUGUGACACCAUUUAUUCCUGUACCCACUGAGCCCACAACACCCCCACCGGACUUGACACUUUGUGGGCUGGAAGAUUGUCCCUCAGGCACAGAACCAGAAGACAUUACUAUCAGUACAACGUACAAUGAUGUGGAAGUAAACCCCCUGAUGAAACUGAAGCAAGUAUCGAAUACAGGUGCCACCAUCACAGUUCAGAUUCCUCAUCCAUACAAGAAGAUGUACAUCCUGGUUCUGUACAACAACAGCUUUUUCACAGAUAUUCAAAACCUGAAAGAUAUAAAGGAGGACAUUGAACUAAAAAACCUUAAACCCCACACUAACUACACAUACUGUGUUGCUUCGAUACGUAAUUCUCUCAGACACAACCACACUUGUCUGACAAUCACUACUGGCCCUUGGAAUGGAAAGGAUAGAGUUGUAAACAAUGCAACUGCUACUCACUACAUUAUGACAAUUUUAGGCUGCCUCUUUAGCAUGGUUAUUUUUCUAGGUGUGGUCUACUAUUGCUUGCGAAGAAAGCGUCAGCAAGAUGAAAAGCACAAAAAAGCAGGUAGCCUGAAGAAAAAUAUAAUGGAACUCAAAUAUGGACAAGAACUGGAGGGAGGGACUAUUUCUCGAAUGUCACAGAAACAGCUGUUGGCCGGAGAGAGCAUGGCACGUAUGCCGUAUUUACCAUCUGCAGGUGAAAUGGAGCAGUACAAAUUUCAAGAGAUAAGUGAUACACCUAAAAUGAUGAAAGGCAAUUACAUGGAUGUGCGAAGCGUGGACCACCAUGAACGCAGAGAGUGUGACAUAGGAAUGGCUGGAAAUAGCCAGGGGUCGGUGGCAGAGAUUUCCACCAUUGCCAAAGAGGUGGAUAAAGUCAAUCAGAUAAUUAACAACUGUAUAGACGCUCUAAAGUCAGAAUCCACCUCUUUCCAAGGGGUGAAAUCUGGAGCAGUGUCCACUGCAGAGCCCCAGCUCGUACUAAUAUCAGAACACCCACAGAGUAAAUCUGGCCUUCUGUCCCCAGUGUAUAAGGACAGCUACCACCAUUCUCUGCAGAGGCAUCGGACCUCUGAUGUCUCGCCAAAGAGGCCCAGCACUGCCACAGGAGGGCCCAUGCGAAGCCCCAGGCCUUAUCGCUCUGAAUCCAAGUACAUAGAGAAAGCCUCCCCAACAGGAGAGACUCUCCUCACAGUAACACCUGCUGCCGCCAUCCUGAGGGCUGAGGCUGAGAAGAUGCGUCAAUACAGUGACCACCGGCACUCAUAUCCUGAUGCUCAGAUAGAGGAGCUUGAAGGACCUGAUGGCCACAAGUCCUCCAUGUUGGAGCCUCUUACUCACUCCCGCUCCAGAGACUUAGCAUAUUCCCAGCUGCCAUCUCAGUAUCACAAUCUAAGCUACUCCUCCAGUCCCGAAUACUACUGCAAACCAUCACACAGUAUCUGGGAGCGAUUUAAACUCCACCGGAAACGGCACAAAGAUGACGAGUACAUGGCUGCAGGCCAUGCACUGCGUAAGAAAGUCCAGUUUGCAAAGGAUGAGGACUUGCAUGAUAUUUUAGACUACUGGAAAGGUGUAUCAGCCCAACAUAAAUCAUAACCUCUUUAGGUGUUUUUAAAAAUGGACCACACAUUGCAGAAAUGACACAAGAACCUUGUCUGACAAUUGAAUCAAUGGAUACUUCCAUAUUAUAAUCAACUACUCCCUCAUAUGUAUCACGUUCUCUUUUAACUGUGAGGAAAAUGGGGUCAAGAUUCUUUAAAUUUGUCUUAUUAUGUAAAUCAUUCAUUGGGAAAACUUUUAUCUAUUAAAGGUAAAAUAUAUAUUACAAAUUAAUAAUAUAUGUUACAAUGGAUUAUAGGUUUUUGGGUAUCGCAUGGCCAAGUCCUGUGACAGUGGAUUUGCUGUUGUGUAAUAUGAAACUAUUAUAUGAAGAUAUGUCAACUGAAACCUCAAUAUUUUUUUGAGGAACUACUUGGACCCUUCAUUCAAAAAGAACUUUUUUUCUUCCCUACCUGCAUAUAUUUAAUUCAGUAAAACUAUGUACAGAUAUGGGUUUCUAUAUUUGCAAUGUUUGCUGUGUAAAUGGAAAAGUAUUAGUGGAUUAUCCAGGUUUAUCAAACGGAGCGCUGUUCAUUUAGAAUAACUUGUGGCUGAAGAACAGCAUGUCCAUCUUUAAACCUGUCAGAUCAUUUGUCAUUUUAACCUUCACCGCCUGUUUUUUAAAUUUUUUUUAAGCUUUUACAUGCAUUUACAAGAUACAGACGGAUUCAGUUUUUAUGUCCCCUUAAUCACACAAAGCAGUAUUCACUGGAUGGAAUCUGAUAGACUUCAUACAGGCAAGAUGCAGUAUAUUACAUGCUGUAAUGAAGGUCUCAGUCAUCAGUUUCAUAAACCAUCAUUUGUAUCUUUAGUACCAAAGUAGAAAAAGCUGAAAUGUUUACAAUAUUUCUGCACAGUCUGGAAAUCGUAUGAACAUAGAGCAGCAGGUCCAUGUUGACUUUCUUUCUUUUUUAUUGUAUCAGUUAUCUUUCAAAAAUGAAAACAUUGGGAAACAAUAAUAUCCGCAUCCAGGAUAUUAAAAGCCUACUAUUAAUCACUAACAUUUCAAAGGGAAGGCAGCUGUACUUUGUCACCUGUUGUUUAGGUACAGACAGCUAUUCUUCCCUGCAGGAGAGCCCGAUGGAUGAAUGUAACAGAUACAUAUUCUGAUCUGUCUAUGGCAGCUUUUAUGUAAGGAAAUAUUUAUUUAAUGCUAUUAAUUGCUUCUAUAUUUCUUCCAGUGUAUUAUAUUGCAUUAUGUCUGAUCCGAUAAAUGCAGGAAAGUGGUUUGGUAUUUGGAUGGGCCUUGUUGCUUGCAGAAAGGUUUCAUUUUGUUUUUACCUGCUAGGCUGUUCAAUCUUUUUGUAUAUUAUGAAAGCUACGUACCAGACGAAUAUCAACAUGCUAGAGUAAAAUUUGAGAAUGUGAAACUGAAUCCUCUGACUUACUGGCUGUGAAUUUGUAUAUCAUGAUUUUUUGUUUUUUGAGUAAAUAUAAGACUUAAUGCUUUUUCUUUGUAAGAUGUUUAUAUAACUUAAUCCAAACAGGCUCAUGAUGAUUCAUUACAUAUUCAUGAAUGUAACUGUAAAUGUACUCUCAAUGUAGGAUAUGAGUUUAUUAAAAAGCAGAGAACUCUAAGUUUCAGCAGGUGAGCCUCACACCAGUCAUUUCUAGGGGAGGUCGUUGGUUAGCCCACUCUGCGGUUACCGCAGCGGCACAGGUUCGAAUCCGACCUUCGGCUCAUUUGCUGCAUGUCCUCCCCUCUCUCUCCAUCACAUUUCCUGUCUAUCUUCAAUAAAGGCAAAAAACACCCAAAAGACUGUUAUUAUAUACAUUAUACAACUGUGAUCUUAAUUAUGAUAAUCCGUUUCAAUUUAAGGAAACAAAAGAAUUUCAGUAUCAGUAUCAGCAGGUCUUCUUUCUUUCUUUCCCUUCCUGCUGUUGUUAAUCAAAAUUCCAUCCAAAUUUAGCACAAAACUUUAACCUAAAUUCUCUGGUCUAAAGAAACCAUUGCAGAAGAGGGUGCAACAAGAUAAUUAAAAGAGCCACUGUAUUUUGCUUUCUUUAAAACACACCAACCUUUCCACCGCAGCCCAGCAUAAAAACUUCUUUGAGAUAUUUAUUUUUGUAAUUUUCACUCAGGUUUUGUCUGUCUGUAUGUAUGCAUUGAAAAUAUGCAUACAGAGGUGGAUGGGAAACACAGUUAUUCUGGUCCUCAAUUCAUAAAUUCAAAUAAAACCAAUUAGCACUUUAUUAUUAUGUUGGAUGAAGCUACAAUCCUAAUACAACUUUGAAUUGUUGGUGCUUAAACAAAGCAAACUAUUCUUUUCCAUUUUGUUUCUUGCUGCAUUUUAUGUAACUUCAGUUUAGCUCAAAUGGCAUAUUUUGCACACUCAAAAAAGUGCAUACCAACAGCAGUCCCUUUGAGUGGAAAUUCAUUUUAAACACUUCAGUAUCUAUGAAUGGAAAACAAGAAAGCAGGGCAGGCAUACUCUGUGUACUGUGUGUUUGGGUGAGGACCAGAGUCUGCAAUCUGAUAGCAGAGCUGACCCGAGGGAAUUAAUUUCUCUGGUGACUUUUUUUUUAUCGACUCUUAUUUGUUCCAUUAGACACUGAGUAUGUAAGUAUAACUGCAGGCACUAGUUUGCCCAUUUGUAUUUUUCUGUGUCAUAAAGCUGCAUCCAUUUCAUGUAACUGUGUCAUGACGCCAUUAUUAUUCAUUAAUGUGAAAUGAAGCAUUCAUGAGCCUGAUGUGUUAUGUAAGCACUUCAUUAAGUGUUAACUUGGUUGUCUGACUUAAUAUUUCAACCGCCUUAAGAUUUUGGGAUAUGUGUACAAGUGUAAAUUUUCUUUUGUUUUAUGUCAGUGUUAAUACUGUCUCCAUUUGUUGUUAUUUUUAUAAAAGCAUUUCAGUAUCUUCUGAGAGCUGUCAGGUUUCUAGUUCAUUUAGCUAUUUAGCAACAUGUUUUUAUACUGCAUAUUGUAGCACUUCUGUGUCUAAUAAGAGUUUAAAGUGUUGAUAAAACAUUUAGAGAGAUCAGCAGUUGUUGUUCAAGUGCAUCAAAACAAACAAGAGCACAAAAUGUGUUUUUUAUUUCUUAAUACUAUGUUAUCUGCUUUCAGACAAAGUACUGUGAAAUAAAGUU